AUGCAACAACGUCUCGGCAGUGGGCGGGAGGGUUUGCCUGUUCUCCACACACCCCCCUUCCCUGCAAUUCUACUUCUCCCUCUAAAGACGAAAUUCAAAAUGGUCAAAGUUGCAAUCGCAGGUGGUUCAAGCCCAACCCUCGGCGAAUCCCUCGUAUCUGCCCUCCUCUCCACCAAUGGUCGACAUACUCCCAUCAUUCUCUCUCGGCAAAGCGACAACACCAGAAUCUCCUCAAAUGUAGAAAUUCGCCAAGUCGAUUAUACAUCCCACACAUCGCUGGUCAACGCCCUACGUGACAUCGACGUGGUGAUCAGUGUUCUCCUAAUUCCCGGUCCGGAAUUUAUCACUUAUCAAAUCAACCUGCUUCAUGCCGCUGAAGAAGCAGGAUGUCGACGCUUUGCGCCGUCAGAAUUUGCUCUAUCGUCUGAAGCACAUGAGAAGGUUGACAUACUUUCCGCCAAACUUACUACUUGGGACGCGGUUCGCUCGUCGGUAGAACGAGGGAAGAUCGAUGCAGCGCGUUUUCCAUGCGGGAUGUUCAUGAAUUACUUGGGAAUAGGAUGUCCGCCUUCAAAGCGCAAGGACGCUCUGGCUGGUUUCAGCGAGGGUCCGUAUCUGUUCCAUCUCGAGGGGGACAAUCCAUGGGUGGAAGUACCGUUGAAGGAAGACGAUGGGCAAUUCUCCUCGCUGAUUAUGACCAAUAUUCGAGAUAUAGGAAAAUUUAUCACGGCUGCCAUUGAUCUCGAAGAGCCGUGGAGUGGUCGCGAAUUGGGCAUGGCCGGCGAGACGAUCAACUUUAGAGACGCCAUUGCAAUAUGCGAACAGUACAUUGGCAAAAAGAUUGAAGUACGACCUGUGACAAAGGCACAAUUGUCCGAAAAACUGCAAGAGGUUCCCAAGAAUAAUUUCAUUGAGUACAUGGAAUGUCAGCUUAGCAUUGCUGGGACCGAGGAACUCUUCUUGUUUGAAGCUACAUUGAAUAAACUGUGUCCGCAGGUGAGACCGAUGACUAUCACUGAGUUUAUGCAAACGUUUUGGACUGGUUUAUAA